AGAGAAGAAAGUGGAGCUGGGUGGCAGAAAGUACCGGGCGCAGCUGCUCCUGGGCCGGCUCACACGUGAAAACUUCCUGCAAUGAGCGGAAACACAGGUGCUGCCCCCACCACGACAGCCCCCAGAGCCUGGGUCAGCGGGGAGCCAUGGACAGGCCCCGGGCCCUGGUUCUGCUCUUGGCACUGCUGAUGCUCUGCAUCACUGCUGGGACUCCGGAAGUGUGGGUGCAAAUUCAGAUGGAGUCCACCGAGUCCCCAUUCGUCACUGUCCGCUGUGGAUUCCUGGGAUCUAGCGCUAUCACCCAGGUGACUGUGAGCUGCAGGGGGCCCGAUGGUGCUGGAGGGACCAAGUUGGCUGUGUUGCACCCAGAAUUCGGCAGCCAGCAGUGGCCCCCUGCCCGCCAGGUCCGCUGGGAAACCAGAACCAGCAUCUCCCUCACCAUGGAAUGGUCUGAAGGGAGAAGCCCUAGUCCCAACACCACGGUCUGCUGCACGUUUACUUCCUUCCCUGAGGGCUCCCAGGAGGCCUGUGGUAACCACCUCCUCAACUCAGACCCAGGGCUCGCUGCCACUAGUCCAGACCCUAUUCUGCGAGCUGACUUGGCCGGGAUCUUGGGGGCCUCAGGGGUCCUCCUCUUUGGCUGCAUCUACCUCCUACACCUACUUCACCGGCAGAGGCACUGGUCCGUCACAAAGCCUCAGCCAUCUCUCAGCAGUCCCCAGACACAGACAGGAGCAAGGGCUGCCAGCCAAGUCUCCCUGGCCUCUUUCCACACUCCCUAUGCCACCGUUACCACCAACUACUGCCCAGCAACUCUGGACACGGUCCUCCCGCCCCCACUGUCUAGGUGGGUGCCACUCCCCACCCACACGGCACGCCAACCUGCCCCGUGGGCACCUCUGCCAGCCUCUGCUCGAAGCAGUUUCAUCUCCGUCGAGAAUGGACUCUAUGCUCAGGCAGGAGAGAGGCCUCCCCACACUGGCCCCAACCUUAUCUCUUUCCCUGACCGUCUGAGGCCCAGAGCUAUGGAGGAGCGUUUAGAAGUUCGGUGACAGGAGCCCCAAAUCUACUUGACCUUCCUCCCCUCCCAGGCUUCUGGGACCCUUUUCUGUUGGUGUCUGUGUCCUGGGCAGCCACCGUUUGCACAUUUUAUUAGGCCUCCAAUAAGUGUCUCCACACAUACCCGGCCAGGGCCCGCUUGCCACGGAUGUGGUCACCGUGUGUGCUGAUGUAGGUACAUGUGAGCACACAUGUGUGUGUAAGAGGUGACAAAAACCACAUCCUAAGUUUCCUGUUUUCACGUCCCCAGCCCUCCCAGUUGAUGUCAAAAACUAAGUGAACAAAAAUGGUUUCUCUGGGGCCACGGCUGGGCCUUUUCUUUGGGAGAUUGAGGUUAGAGACAGUUUCAACCUCCGGGAGACAGGCGCCAGGUUAGAACUGGAGGGAAACAGGGUCUCAGCACCAGUGAUCUCUCCCCUGCCCCCAACACCCCGCCCAUACAGGGGGUUCCUGGAACUGGCAGGGGACUCCUGACCUUGCCGACCUUGCUGAGGGACACCAAGUGGGAAGACAGUAUUGGGGGUCUGGUGGCCUCAGGCAGGAUGGUCCAUAUCAAAUCCCACCAUGUCCUAGGACAGCAGGAGGGGAUUCUGGGGUUUCAACCCAAGAAAAGGCCCUGUGGUCUGACCUGGUGUCCCUAUGACAGGGUUCCCUGAGAUGGCCUGGGAGUGGAGCCCUGAUGCCCCCAUCCAGACUUGACACUCAGAGACAGAGAACCCACCUCAUAUCUGCCCAGAGUGUCUUCCUCUGGCUCCUCUCCUUUUACUAAGUCACCGGUACUCCUCCCCACUAGCCACUGAAAGACAGAGUCCCACUUGACGCAGAG